AUGUCACAAACUCUGACCCUACAUCCGGUGACGUCCUUCACAUUCACAACGAAGGAUGCGCAGCCCGAAGAGGAUCCAUCUGUAGCAGCUCGAUUGCAGCGCCUGCAAAACAACUACGAGGAUCUCGGCAUGAGGAGAACGGUCGAAGCUGUCCUCGUAGUGCACGAGCACGGGCAUCCGCAUGUCCUCAUGCUUCAGAUUGCCAACGCCUUCUUCAAGCUGCCAGGAGAUUACCUCAAACCAGGCGAGGAUGAAGUUGAAGGAAUGAAAGCCAGACUAGACGAAAGACUAGGGCCAGUAGAGAGCGAUCCAAACUCGUUCGGUCCCAACGGCGAAGGCCGCAACAAGGACGAUGGAGAGUGGGAGAUUCAGGACUGCUUAGCACAAUGGUGGAGACCCAACUUUGAAACAUUCAUGUACCCGUACGCACCACCGCAUAUCACUAAGCCAAAAGAAUGCAAGAAGCUCUUCCUGGUCACCAUUCCCCCAACAAAGGUGCUUGCGGUGCCCAAGAACAUGAAGCUACUCGCAGUGCCAUUGUUCGAGCUCUAUGACAACUCACAACGAUAUGGUCCUCAGCUCGCAGCCAUCCCGCAUCUUCUCUCAAGGUACAACUUCAUCUACUCUGAUUGA